UUAUUUGGUGGUGGUUGUGGGAAAAUCCAUAAAACCAUAAAAUAUUAAGUAUUACAAGUGAAUCUUCUAAAGUUUUUUAAUGUGACAUCCUAAAUAUUUUUCUUUUAGAGUACCACAUUACAACCCCUAUUUCCAAAUAUGAUUUGGGGAGAGAAGUCAACUUGCAUAUAACGAAGGAGGAGAAAGUUUUAUUUUAAAGAUAUGAAUCAAUAUUUACAUUUCCAAUGUUUUUGCAUUUGAUAUCUUACAGACCUAUUGUAGUGAUAGCCAUGAAAGCGCAGCGCUUCUUUGUCUGUGAACAAUGAGCGUAUAUCUUCGAAUAUUGACAAAUAUAGUACAUCUAUUUUAAUGUCUGGAAAUUCCGACAGAAAGUGAAAUAUCAAAACUCUGUAAUAUUUUUAUUAUACUACAUCUAUGGAUUUGUCUAUAGUUAUUUCUGAAUUAUAUACAUGUGUAGUUGGUAAUGGCUACUUUAGAGUUCAUUAAUAUACAGAAUGUGUACGUCAAUUCUGUCCCCAAUUUGAAUUUAUGGCAUUGUUGUUUUGUGAACUGAUUUCAUUUAAUUUGAGGUCGAAUACAAAUGUCAUUUAAAGACGUCACUACGUUUGUGUAAUCUAAAUCUGUACACGUUUCUGAAAAAUAUGUACGACAAUGAUUGAUUGUCAUAAUAAACUAACAUAGGAAAUAAAAGGAAAUGGGUUUACUGUUUCAUUUGUACUUAGUUUGCAUAAUUCAUCAGCAAAUCAAAAACUGUUGAAUAUUCUGAGCUUCCUUCAGCUUAAAGUAUUUAAUACCGGGAUUCAAUCAAGAAUCGGAUAAUCAAGAUGAACGCUCUAACCACGCUAACGGUGACCUGUUUUGCCCUGUGUCUCACAUUCUGCCUGGCAGCGAGAAGUUACAAUUCUGGUAGAAGACCAAGACCACCUCAGGUUGAGCCUCCUUUUCCUAACCCUUCACCCUCUCCCUGUCCAUUUGGUCGUCAGAUGGAUCAAAGUCAGUUGUGCCAAUCUUCGUUUUUCCCCAACACUCCCAGCCAGUGCCCAAGAGGAUUUUUCUGUAACACUCCUGCAGAUGGAUUCGGAUAUUGCUGUUUAAAUAGAAGUCCAUGUCCUCAAGGGAAUCCAUUCCAACGCAAUGGCGGGGCGGUAAACUGUGAUCGACAGCGCUGCCCAGGACGAUAUGUUUGUACGCGAGGACCUGGAUACGCCGUGUGUUGUCGAGGUAAACCAAUGAAGCUUGUUCGUCUUUUGAAUACAUUAUCUCCUAAAACCCAUUCAUAAUUAAUGAAAUCGUUCUUAUUAACACCUGUUUGCUUCAAAUAACCCCAUUAACUCGAGUUCAGUGCAUUCCUGUUUAAGACUUGCUGGUAUAACCUUUUUUAAUUUCAUUUAAAUUAUGAAUAACAACAUUUCUUCAAAUGAUACAUUGACAUUUGUGUCUCGUAAAACCAAUGCUUUAGAAUGUUUAGUAACCGGUGUGUAUUUCAAAGCAAACAAUUCAUCUCUUCAUUGAACAUUCCAAAUAUUCGUAUAUAGUAGUCACUCGUCAGUUCCAUCGUUUUUUAAGAAGUAAAAUACAUGAUGGUAUAAAUUGCUAUGCUGCACGCUGGCAUACAUCAUCAAGAUAUCUUUGAUUAUCUACAACUUUUGUAUCAGGAAUCAAUGCACGCAUCAAAUCAAUAAUAAAAAAAAUUAAAGAUAAAGAUAUCAUUAAUUCAGUGGUGGAUAUGUUAAAAAUAAAGAUAUCAUUUAAAAUUAUAUAAUCUCUCUCGAAGUAAUGGCAUUAUUGUGCGCAUCAAUUGAAUUAAUUACAUGUUGUAUAUCAUUAAUUCAAUUAAAGAGAACAGUAUUUCAUUUAUUGCACACAAUAUCGGUAUUUGAAUUGAAGUGCGUAUUAAUGGAAUUAUUACUCUCUUCAACUGAAUUGUUGCGCGCAUCAAUUCAAUUGUUGAUACAUUCAAUUCAUUUAAAGAGAAACAACAAUUCAAGUAUAAAGCGCGCCAAUUCAGCAAAAUGAUUAAAGCUAUCAAUAAUUCAAUUUAUAUGUGUAAUGAUUCAAAAUUGAAAUACAUUGUAUUAUUAAUCAUUUGAAGAGGUCUUUAAGUGAAUAGUUGCGUGCAUCAAAUGACUUGAUAUCUUCAAAUAAUUAAAGAUAUCUUCAAUUAUUUGAGUUUAUGUUAUUUUGGCGCCCCAUAAAAAGGCUAAAUUAUUAAGUAUGUGAUAAAUUCAUGUUUCAGGAUCAACGGGCAAUUCCUAUUCACGUCACUAACGGGCAUUAUGCCAAAAUAGUUGAUGUCUGACGGUAGCAAUAUCUAAUUCUCAGGAAGAAAGAUGAAAGUGCCUCUAAUAAGCCACAACUCAUAAGUAAAUCUGUAUAGAUGUGCCAAUUUUCAUUUCAUGACAUUGUAUCCAUGUAAAAAAGUGAGUGCAAUAAACAUCAUCCAUUAUGUA